CGAGGCCCUCGCGGCGACCCGUAGCCGCGGGUCCCUCAGAGCCGGUGGCGAGAUGGCGGAGCAGCCGGGAGGAGGGCGGCCGCGCCCGGGGCCGAGGAGCCCGGAGCAGAGUCGCCGCGGCUGAGUCCCCGAGCGGCCUUCGAGAGGUGCCCGGCCUCCGGGAGCGGGGCAUGGUGCCACCCGCGCCGCGCCGCCGCCGCCGCUGAGCCCGCGGGCCACGCCGAGCUCGGACGCGGGAGUGGGAAGAUGUUUUCCGCGCUCAAGAAGCUGGUGGGGUCGGAGCCGGCUCCGGGCCGCGAGAAGAACAUCCCCGCGGGGCUGCAGUCCAUGAACCAGGCGCUGCAGCGGCGCUUCGCCAAGGGAGUGCAGUACAACAUGAAGAUAGUGAUCCGAGGCGACAGGAACACGGGCAAGACUGCGCUGUGGCACCGGCUGCAGGGCAAGAAGUUUGUGGAGGAGUACAUCCCCACCCAGGAGAUCCAGGUCACCAGCAUCCACUGGAACUACAAAACCACUGACGACAUCGUGAAGGUGGAGGUGUGGGAUGUGGUUGACAAAGGAAAAUGUAAAAAGCGGGGUGAUGGCUUGAAGAUGGAGAAUGACCCCCAGGAGGCGGAGUCUGAGAUGGCCCUGGACGCCGAGUUCCUGGACGUGUACAAGAACUGCAACGGGGUGGUCAUGAUGUUCGACAUCACCAAGCAGUGGACCUUCAGCUACAUCCUGCGGGAGCUCCCCAAGGUGCCGACCCACGUGCCCGUGUGCGUGCUGGGGAACUACCGCGACAUGGGCGAGCACCGCGUCAUCUUGCCUGACGACGUGCGCGACCUCAUGGACCGCCUGGACAGACCGCCGGGCUCCUCCUACUUCCGCUACGCCGAGUCCUCCAUGAAGAACAGCUUUGGCCUCAAGUACCUUCAUAAGUUCUUCAACAUCCCGUUCCUGCAGCUGCAGAGAGAAACGCUGCUGCGGCAGCUGGAGACAAACCAGCUGGACAUCGACGCCACGCUGGAGGAGCUGUCCGUGCAGCAGGAGACCGAGGACCAGAACUACGGCAUCUUCCUGGAGAUGAUGGAGGCACGAAGCCGAGGCCACACGUCCCCGCUGGCGGCCAACGGGCAGAGCCCGUCCUCAGGCUCCCAGUCACCUGUGGUACCUGUGAGCGCCGUGUCCACGGGGAGCUCCAGCCCCAGCACGCCCCAGCCGGCCCCACAGCUGCCCCUCCCCACUCCCUCAGCCUGCCCCUCCCCCCCAUCCCCCUCAGAGGCCCCCGUGCCCCCAGCACCCCCCGUGGCCCCCGCUCCAGCCCCGAGACGCAGCAUCAUCUCCCGGCUGUUUGGGACCUCGCCAGCUGCCGAGGUGGCCCCUCCCCCCCCAGAUCCGGUCCCUGCUGCAGAGGCCCCGGCGAAAGUCCAGGAUGUCGAGGAGUUUGUUCCCGGGGACGGCCUUGACCACAGCUUCCUGGACGACGUGGCCCCCCCGAAGGAGGAGAGGACAGUUGAGGCUGAGGUCCCUCAGGACAGCGACAGCGACGGGGAGGCCCCCGGAGGGAACCCGAUGGUGGCGGGUUUCCAGGACGAUGUGGACCUGGAGGACCAGCCGCACAGCAGGCCCCUGCUGCCCACGGGCCCCGUCUCCAGGGAGACCAUCACUCUUCCCAAUGAGGAGGCAGCAGGGCCCCCCACGGCCGCUGCCCUGGCCCCCCAGAAGUGCUCCGAGCCAGAGACCAAACAGCCCUCAAAGGCCCCGAGGCCGCACCGGCGGGCAGAGCCCUGCGGGCCCCAUGCAGCGGGCUCCUCUCGGGGGCCCAGCGGGAGGGACGAACUGGCGGCCUCGUCAGAGAGUGACGCCGAGGGGCCCAUCGCUGCGCAGAUGUUGUCCUUCGUCAUGGACGACCCCGACUUUGAGAGCGACUCAGACACGCCACGGAGAGCGGACGAGUUCCCCGUGCGGGAGGAUCUCUCCGACGUGACGGACGAGGACACGGGCCCUGCCCCGGCGCCCCCGCCCCCCAGGCCCCCGGCCCCCGCCUUCCGAGUGAAGGACGACUUGGACCUCUUUGGCCUGGGGCUGGAGGAGCCCGGCCGCAAGAUAAGGAGGGCAGGCCUCCCUCCAAGGAGAAGAAGAAGAAGAAGAAGAAAGACAAGGAGGAGGAAGAAAAGGCGGCCAAGAAGAAGAGCAAGCACAAGAAGGGCAAGGACCGCGAGGAGGGCCGCGAGGACCGGAGGCAGCGCAGGGGCAAGAGGGCUGCGGACGAGCUGGAGGCCUUCCUGGGGGGCGGGGCCCCAGGCGGCCAUCUCCGCGGGGGAGGGGACUACGAGGAGCUCUAGACCUGGCACGGGGUGCACGCACACUGCACACGCGCUGGGGCACCGGGCCCGCCCCGUGGAGGGUGGGCAGCAGGCAUCGGCCCUGUGGCUUCUCAGGGAGGGACGAAGGCCCAGGAGUCCAGCAAGGCUGUUUACAAGGCAGAGCGCCCUGGUCACACCCAGCUCCUCCUCGCCGGCCACCGCAUGCGGGCAGCGCGGCUCCCUGGCUGCAGCUCCCUGGGCUGCGCACCGUGUCCCGGCCCUCUGGGCACCGCUGCUGCCGACGCCGGGCAGUGCCGGCACAUCCCUGGGGCUCCUCCCAGGCUGGUGUCCAGUGUCGCACCUGCUGGGCGGUCACCAGUGGAGCCAGAAUGUCCUCACUCAUUUCCUUUCCUCCUUCCACACUCAGCUCCAACCAUAAAGCUCUCCUGUUUUAA